AGAAGUAACAAGUGCUCAAUUUUGCUGGCUUUGAGAAGCAGUGUAUUAGCUUUCGUUCGCAGUGCGGUGGUUCCAUCGGAAUCACCAUCCUUUCCGCCAGUCGAAGCCAGUGGCAGUGAUGAUGCCACUGCGUUUUUUUCGAGUGUCCUGGCAAACGCAACGACCGCAAAAACGACGACCUCCGCGCUGCUGAACGUCCUCAGUGAGUCCGCAGCCAACUAUUUUGCCAGCGGUGCCAACGCCGUCCAACUGCAUCAACCGGGUGGGAACGGGUCUUCGGGUGGCAUCGAAAGUUCUGAUUUUGCUAGUGGAAUCGGUCAACUGGUCCUGAACGCUACAAGCGCGGUGUUCGAGGAUGUGUACAUCAACAGCAGUGCGAAUAGCAGCAGCAGCAGCAGCAACAUUAGCAGUAGCGACAGCAACAGCAGUAGCAGCUACAACCAGUCCUCCAACGAAAUGCCACAGAUUCCGGAGUACAUCCGAGCGACCUCGAUGGUGUUCUGCAUCAUCAUAAUGUGUUUGGGGGUCAUCGGUAACAUUAUGGUUCCCAUCGUUAUUCUCAAAACGAAAGAUAUGCGCAACUCGACCAACAUUUUUCUGACGAAUCUGAGCAUCGCAGAUCUGCUGGUACUGCUCGUGUGUACGCCAACGGUUCUAGUGGAGGUGAACUCACCGCCCGAAGUUUGGGUUUUGGGAGAGGAAAUGUGCAAAGCGGUCCCCUUUGUGGAGCUAACAGUGGCGCAUGCAAGCGUACUGACGAUCCUGGCGAUAUCCUUCGAGCGGUAUUACGCCAUCUGUGAACCGCUGAAGGCGGGCUACGUGUGCACCAAAGCGCGGGCUCUUGUCAUCUGUUUGGCUGCGUGGACCGUGGCGGCCAUACUUACGAGCCCGAUUCUGAUGAUCUCCUCCUACGAAUACGUAGAGUACGUGAACGGAAAAAUGGUCGCCUCCUGUCUGACGCCGGUGGAGAACUUUUGGCCGGCGGCAUUUUUCGUGGCGAGCAUCGUGGUGUUCUUCAUCUUUCCUCUUUUUAUUCUAGUCAUCCUGUACUCGGUGAUCGCCAAAAAUCUAAUGGACAACCCCGGCAUCAUCAUGUCGAAUGCCAGCGGCAGCCGGAACAAUGUGCUCAAGUACCGGAAGCAGGUGAUUAUCAUGCUCGGUGCCGUCGUGGUUAGUUUCUUCUUCUGCCUGCUGCCGUUCCGUGCACUGACACUGUGGAUUAUCGUCGUGCCUAGCGAAGUGAUCGUAUCCAUCGGUAUCGAGCGGUUCUAUAUCAUACUGUACUUUUGCAGGAUCAUGUUGUACAUGAACUCAGCCGUCAAUCCGAUACUGUACAAUCUGAUGUCGUCGAAGUUCCGCAAUGGUUUCCUGCAGUUGCUGGGCUGCAGCAAAUUGAUAAGAUCCGAUACUUUGUCGUCUGGUGCGAGAAAAGGUACGUUCCACACAACGUCGACGAAUCUCAGUAGCUCUCACAAUAGUUCGAGUCAGAGACGCUUCACUAGAGAUGAGGGUAGUGUCAGUGGAAGUGUUCGAACGAUUGCUGAGAAUAGCAGUAGAAAACGACUGCUGUAUCACAGGCACAGCAGUACGGUAUCGAUCAGAUCUUCAUAUGAUGAAAUACGAGACGGUGUGCCAGUGCUAGCCGGAAGUUGCCUGUUGGAAACUAGUCCACUGAAAGCAAAUAUAAUCGAUGAACUAGAUGAAACUAGUACACUGCCAAAUAGUUACGAUUUUCUUAGAUGUAAGCAGCUCACCGCUAAGUGUAAUGUUAGCUGUACUGCCAAUAGUUGUAACAAUAAGACUAGUCAUCGGCUGAAUGGGAGCAUCUCGGUAGAACCGACAACCAUUCGCCAAAUCGACAAUAAAUAUUUAGUAUUAAGAAAAGCCGUUGUAGUGGUACGCAAAGUCGAGGAACAACCCUCCGACGAACAGCGUCAAAAUAGUACAGAGCAGAUCUCACCUGGGGAACCGUCCGGGAAGGGCCCCCCAGGACAGGAAACAACUCUUAUCCUAGAAGCACGCGGAAGCAAGCAGCACCUAUUGUCAAUCACUGCCAAAGAGGCACCGAAUGGUAACUGCGCCAGCAGCAGCCCGGAACAAAAUACGCAAACCGAUAAGGGGUGUGUGGGUGUGAGUGAGAUGGGUGCGGGCAAAAAAGCUGACAGCAAGCAUGAUCCGAAUCGUUGCGAAUAUGAUGACGGGGAAGGGUUUGACGAGAUUACUAAAAUAAGACAGUUUUAUGGGUCGAUGGAAUGUGAUAUCUAGGAAAGUGAACCGGGAGGAUAAUCUGAACGGUGGUGAUAAGUAGAACAGAAAUCUCGGAUGGAUUGAUAUUUUAGCUGGUGCUGUUAGGUGGGAUCUCUGGAGAUGGAAGGACGGUUGGGAUAAGAGUUUAUAGAAGGAAAAUACGUGAAACCUAAGUAUUGUACACAUUCUAUUUAUUUAGUAUAAUAAGUUAAGAAAAAUUUCUGUAAUAAAA